AUGGGGGAUCCGGAAAAUUGGGAUAAGAGAGAGGCAAACAGAAGCUUCCGCGGGGGGGUCGAGGUGAAUAGCGUCAGUGACGAGCGCGUCACUCGCUAUGGGCUAGUCACACGCGAUGAGUUGGCAACGCGGGACGAAGCCUCCGCAGGAGACGCCAAGAAGAAGACCACGUCCCAAUUCAGCAUCCUGGAGCAGCUGUCCAUGCUACACAACAGAAGGAAAAAAUUCUCCAGGGAUAAAGAUGCAUGGGAGGUCAUAUCAAAUAUUUCAAAAUAUUCAUCAGAUCAUAACAAGGAAACAGAAAAGAAAAAAAUACUCAUCUGUUUAGGUAAUAAUAAUUUUGGCCAGCUAGGGUUCCAAGAGAAUGUCAAAAUUGGUAUCGUAGACUUUUCCACGGUGCUGAUUAGCAAGAGGUACGCUGCGAAUGAGAGGAGCAGACGCGGAGGCUUCGACACAGGUGGAGAUGAAACGAUAGGUUGCGAUACCAUUGGUUGUGAAACGAUUGGUGAAAAAGAUGGUCUUAGUGAAACAGUUGUUGAAGAAGGCCAUGGGGAGGAAGGGAAAGGGACCACGGAAAAGGGUAAAAGGUAUAACGACCUCGCUAGGGAAAUCAGGAGACGAAAUAAUAAUUCUUCUUUUUACAAUUGUCAAUCGAAUAACACUCUAAGCAAAAAUGAAAUAUACAACGACAUUUUAACGAGACUUCCAAACGACUUUAGCAUCUCCACAAUUAAGAAAAUAAAAAAUGAUGAACCAGGUGGGAAGAGCACGAGUAAAGGGAACCUGAACGACUUGAGGGGAAAGAGACUUACGACGAGUGGAAGUGGAAGCAAGCAUAGAAGUGUUAGUAGUGAGGAAGGGAACAAGAAAAAUAUUUCAAAUGACAAGCAUAUCGUAAAGGGGGAACCAUACGGGCAGUUACACUUGCACCGGAAUAGGGACAGUGUAGGUGGCAGGAGGACAGGCAGCGCCAGGGUCAAACUCAGCAAGGGAUCAAACUACCUCACGAGGAAUAGGUACAAGGAAGGGGUUAUGGAGGAGAAAAAGAAAAGGUUCUUCUUUUCUGAAAAUGAAUAUGACAAGGAAAAGGAAAGGGACAAGGUCAAGGACAAGGACUACCAAAGGAGGAUCCACCAGUAUAGCGAUUUUUUCAACACGAGUGAGUACGUCGUGGGAGGAGUCCGUCAAAGCAGCCCAUCAGAGAUACAGCGUAAGGGGGAAAUGAAAAGUUGGGUCGAUAUGAGGAACCGGGUCGACAUGAGAAAUCGCGUCGACACGAGCAACAGCCCCAACAGCCACAGCCACUUGGCACACGGAGGGAUGAAGCAGGGGGAGGACUACCUCUACUUUAACCCAGAGGUAAUCAACUGCGGCAAGUACCACUCUGGGGUGGUAAGCAAAAACGGGUUUGUAUGUCUAUGGGGGCUGAACUGCUACGGACAGCUCGGUGUUAAUCCAAACAAGUCUGUCCACACGUGUUAUCGUAAGACGAAAUUGAAAUUGUUGAAACGGAGUCCUGAAGAUGAGGACGAUCAGAAGAAGGAGGGAAAAAAAAAAAAAAAAAAAAAAAAAGAUGCUCUUUUAAAGAGGACAUUUUUUUCCCGUAUGAAAACAGAAAAAACCGUGCUGUCCCCUUACAUACAUAAAUUAGUUCCCUUGAAGCAUUUCGGGCAUAAGCAUAAAGUGAAGGACAUAAGCUUAGGAUCCUUCCACACAUUACUACUCACAUAUGAUGGGUUCGUUUUUACCUUUGGGUGUAACAAGAAGGCACAGUUGGGAUUGCCUAAUGGAUACCACAGAAAAGUGUCCCACACGAGCAGGCCGUUCCUACUUCCACUAGUAAUUGUCGAACGAGGGAUGCAAGACAGCCAUCCACGCUAUGGAAGAACGAAUACCUUUUUCUUCUCUUCAAAAAAGACUUAUGCAAAUAUCGCACAUCCUAUUAUUUCAAUCAACUGUGGAGCCUACAACAGCGCCGUUAUAGACGCAAAUAGGGAGUUGUGGAUUUGGGGCUGGAACAAGUUUGGCCAGAUUGACAAUUCUUAUGCUGUUGAAAAGGUGAAGAAGAAGGAGCGGGAGGAAGAGGCGCAGGUGUGCAAGGCGUGCAGUGGAGGGGGAAAACAUAUGAGUAUGAUGAGCUUGAAAAGGAUAAGCGAAAUGGUACAGAAGCGGGGAGAACACAUAAAAAAAAAACUUACAUCCAAGGAGAGGUUACAUGUGGAAAGUGAAGACGGGCAUAGGGACAAAUGCGGGAGAUACAAAAAAAGCAACAAACUUGUGAAUGUACCCAGGAAUGUUAAGAUAAAAAAUAAGAGUGUCCUUCAAGUGAGUUUGGGUAAGUACCAUAGCCUUUGUCUGACGGAAGACAAGUCUGUGUACAUAUGGGGCUACUUGAAGAAGAAAAAAAAAGGAGCACCAGAGGAAGGGUCACAGGAAGAAGAAGAAAAAAAAGAGGAAGAAAAAAACUGUUCAUGUGUCAUGUCAUGCUGUGGAGGUAGCGAGUACUACAGGAACAUCACCAGCUUGACAAAGAUAACCUGUUUGAGCAACUUAUACAUUUCCAGCAUUACCUCCUCCAGCACACACACGGCAUUCGUGGCCCCCAUCACAUACAUCGAUGAGAAGAGUGUAGACUCUCAUGGGGGACCAACACGUGCCAUUUUUGCAGAAGGGGGAAAAGUGGGAGACAAGUUCAGGUACAACAUUCUUGUGCAAAAUGACAGCUCCCAUUUGUUGAAAUAUUAUUCUGACCAAGUCAUAACGAGGGGAGGAGACAACAUUUUUUACGUCAAGUAUGCAGACCUCAUUCAUUUAAUUAGCAGACCAUCACAGGGAGGGGGAAGUCACAUUGCAGGUCAGGGCACCCACCCAAUGGAAAAUGUAUACUUAAUAAAUAACUCUCUUCAUGUUAGUAAUGUGUAUAAUCAUGGUAGUAAUUACUACCUCAAUUAUAAUUCUCGAGGGGGUCCUUCUUGUGGAGAGGCGGAUGAAGGAGUCACACACAUACGGGGAAGAGUAGACCAAAUGAACGCCACUGAUAAAGUGAAGAAAAUCCUGCAGCCACUUCUCCUUAGCAAUAACAACAAUAUGAAUCGAGUGGAUUUACUUCAAAUAUUUCAAGUAGCCAUGGGGAAAAAUUUUGCCAUUUUUUUAACCUCCUCUCCUUCCAUUAAUCGCAUUUUAAAUAAAAAAAAAAUCGAUUACAUAAACAACAUUUGUUCCUUAGACGUGCUCAGAAACAAAAUUCCUGAAAGAAAUAUUUUUAUCAUUGGCAAGUCUGACUUUCAUAACAUUAUACUGCCCAGUAAUUGUAAGCAGACGAGUAUUCCAAUUUGCCUGCACAAAAAUAAACUAAUAAAUGAGGUCCUCCUACGAAAUAAAAAACACAAUUUUUUAAAUAUUUCAAGGAGGAAGAAAUAUUCAGACCAGAUGAACUACAACAAUAAGCUCCUCAAUUUGAAGAAGCUCCAUGGGAAGAUAAAAAAAAGCGUUACUAACUGUAGUUUGCUGUACAAUGAUAUCGACCAGCACAGGUUUCCUCUGCUUCUCGACGGAACAGCUGCCAGUAGGAGUUCCUUAGCGGCGUACAAGCUGCCCUCGGCGAACUGUGCCACGUCUAGGAGCACGAGCAGGAAGUCCAUCUCGUACGUGCAGUCGUCGAGCGAGCGGGCCAGCAGCAACAACAACAAUAUCUUCCAUUUCAAUUUGGGCCAGAGGAGGGAUAGCACAAGUCGUGUGGGCAGCCAUGUUAGCGGCAACCGCGUGGAUGGCAGCCAAGACGAUGGUAAUCGAGGCGACCCCGGCGGACGGGACUCCUUCCACACAACGCCGCAAACUUCGCACACAUCGCGGCAGACACACUCCCCAAUGGCGAGAGCCAACCUGAGAAGACAACACGCACACGCAAACGCACACGCAAACGAGUCGGAGGGAAGCAACCGAGGGAGAAACCCUGGAGGGGAAAAUACAGAAGAGAGGGCAGGCACAUCCCUGUCGGGCAAGGAACAGAAGGAUAGCUUGUUCAGUUCAUCUAACGAAGGAGAAUUGAAAAAGGAACAUAAUUCGCAAAGCGGAACCCAUUUAGGCUUGUCAAGUAAAGAAUCCCCCUUGCGCGACGAACGUGGGGAGUACUACCCCAUGGGUAAAACAAAACAGGUAAGCAGUGCGUGGGGUACACCGGGAGAGGAAUUGGACAAUUCGCAAAGCACACAAAAUAAUGGAAAACAUUUUUCACUCAAGAGUAGCAGUAGGAGUAGUAGCAGCUGCAAUAACCACCAAGCGAAUGGUCAAGAAGUGGUACGGGCUAACGGUAACAAUGUGGUGGGUUCUUCCUCCAUCGUGAGAAGGACAAACAAGGCGGAGAUGUGCGCAGAACGCAUGGAUGGGGAGAAUAAUGAGAAGCGUAACGGGACGGAAAUCGCGAAGGAGGGCGAAAAGGAAGGCAGACAGGAGAGUAACAAGCCCCGCGCGAAGGAACGGCGAAAAAGCUCCACAUGCAUAAGAAAAAAAAAACUCUUCAGAAACAUGAUACUUCAAGCUGUGGAUAAUAUAAAUGACACAUUUUUGAAUCAGAAAAAUGUAAGUGCAAGAUUGCUGGAUUGUGAACAAGUGAAAUUAAAAUUUAAAGUGUUUAAAAGACGGAGGUCUUGCCUCUGGAAUUAUUUCACGUAUCAUCACACCAAGAGGAAGUGUCCCUUGGGGUUUAACUUGUCUGAAAACAUCGUGAACACAACGCUGCUGGAUGUGGCCUGUGGGGAUUACCACUCACUGAUUUUGUUGGAAGUGGACACGCUGACUUGA